UGCUCAAGUAAACUGGCUGGAUGAUAGGAGAGGCUGCAAAGCUUGUGAAGCAAUCAAUAUGAGUGUAAUACAGGACGUUGCUCACCAACAACACUGGAUGAUGAUGAUGUGCCCUUGAGAUCAUGGAUGGGCGUUGUCGCGGAGGGUCUUGAGACAGCUGUGGGGGGCACACUUGCCGCUGCAGGUGCUAGUGAAUCGGUAAGUGCAGUUGACAGUGAACGAGUGGCAGUUGGCGGCUAGGAAGCAAAAUCAGAAUAUUGUUUUCAACCAUUAUAACACAUAUCCCCACCCGACGUAAAGCCAACCUGAAGCACGAGAACAUUUCGGUCAGCGUCCAGUGCUCAACGAUGUGAAAGAGAGAAAGACCAUACCCCGCCGUCCGGAUUUGGAAGUCAAAUCCACGUGGAUAAUUUGGCGCCCAUCUGCAUCCAACUGCCCUUGGUAUCGAGCCCAAAGACCGUUCGCUCAAAUCCCAGAAGACCUCGAGAGGGGUGAGUUUAUGAUUCUAUGCUGCCCGAAUGCUCCCAGAGACUGUUCCCAAGUGUUCUGUCUGGCCAAGAUGUCGAGAUUCCGAUUGUACAGGAUGGAUGGACGACUCCGCCAACGGAUGACACUGGAGCUCCUGCAGCUGGCUUUGCUUGUGACCUCCUUCAAACUAUAACUGAUUACGAGUUGUCUUAGCUCAAGAAACCGCCGACUCAAACCGGCACCUUCCCCUCACGAACACCAUGGCAUCGUCAGUAAAGGCCGUUCAGACUUUCGGCAAAAAGAAGACCGCGACUGCGGUUGCCCACGCAAAGGAGGGUCGUGGCCUCAUUCACAUCAACGGCUCCCCCAUUACUCUCCUCCAGCCCGAGAUCCUCCGCUUCAAGGUCUACGAGCCUAUCCUCACAGCUGGUGAGGAUGCCUUCAGCAUUGUUGACAUCCGCGUCCGUGUGAAGGGUGGUGGACACACUUCGCAAGUCUACGCUAUCCGUCAGGCCAUCGCCAAGGCUCUCGUUGCAUACUAUGCCAAGUACCAGGAUGCCUACAGCGCUAUGGAGUUGAAGAAGAAGCUCGUUGCCUAUGACAGAACAUUGCUCAUCGCUGACCCCAGACGGAUGGAGCCGAAGAAGUUCGGUGGUCAUGGUGCUCGUGCUCGCAGGCAGAAAUCUUACCGAUAAACGAUGGGUUGCGGGUUUGCGGCGGUCGUUUUUGCUUUGCAGUAUCAUGUUCUACUAUUUUCUUCAUGCUCUAUGCGAUGUUAACAUGCAACAUUCGUAUGAAUCGUCUGUAUGCCUCCGUCUGAAAAUUUGAGCAAAUUGCAACCGUCUGAGCCUAGAAGACAGAUGCUAUCUCUAAUUAUAUUUGGAAAUCUUCCUACUUCUCGUAAUAUUAAGUACUCUAACCUUGAUAGUCUCAGCUUCUGAAACUCAAGCUGCUGCUUGUGCUAAUGAACGCCAACACUUGUUUG